AUGAAAAUUUUAAUUAAUGAUAGUGAUAAAUUAACAAAUUCUUUGACCAUUAUUACAAGAAGGUCAAAAGAACCUUUAGAUAAAUGCAAAGUUUGUGAAGCACCAGCUAUACAUUCAAAUUUUGGUGUUAUUUGUUGUUCUCCGUGUAAAAUGUUUUUUAAACGUAAUGCAGAACUACAACAAGUUAGACAUUUUAUAUGUGGUUUUGGUGAUAAAUGUGAAGUAAAUAUGAAUAAUCGUCGAAUAUGUUCAUCUUGUCGACUUACAAAAUGUUUUGCAAGUGGAAUGAAAAUUGAAUUGAUUCGAGGUUCUCGAUCAAAAAAAAAUAGUAAAAAAAGACAAAAGAAAAAUACAAUAACAAAAUUUAAUUUACCAACAAUUAAUGAUCAGUCACAAAAGUCAUCUACAUUUAAUUUAUUACAAUUUGAUCAAUCAAUAUUAACUAUAGAACAGUGGAAUAUUCUUUCUUAUUUAUUCAAUUGUUUUGAUGAACAAAAACAGUUUUCAUUAAUUAAUCAAUUUAUAUCCGAACAAAAUAGUUUACCAUACAAAUUUCGUUUUAAAUGUGGAUCUGUACGACAAUUAAUUUCAUUACUUACAAGUAAAACUCAAUCAUUAUUUGAAAAGAAUCAUGAUUUUUAUUCAUUAUGUACACGUGAUCGUUCAAUUCUACUUCAUCGUAUAAUGAAAUAUAUAGCAGUUAUUAAUUUAUCAUAUAUAGUACAACAAACUCAUAUAAUUAAUUAUCCUUCAUUUAAUAAGAUUCUUGAAAAUCUUUUUGGAAAAACUGCAACAUUAAUAAAUAAACAAGCAUUUACAUUAAUCAAUGGUUUUGAUGUUGGUUUUUUAAAAUUGGCACUUACAAUUAUUUGUUUUUCAACAAUUGAUUAUGUAAUAUAUGAAAAUAUAUCUGGAGCGAAUUUUAUAAGUGUAAAACGAAUCAUGGAAAUUCAAGAUUUAUAUAUCGAAUUAACAUGGCGAUAUUUAGUUUAUGAGUAUAGUGAACAAAAAGCAAUUGUUCAUUUUUCUAGUUUUAUUAGAUUUAUAUUUGCCGUUCAUAAUGCUAUUAUUUUAAUGCAAAAUGAAGAAGUUUUUACCAGUAUGAUUGAUUCAACAAUUGAACAAAUUGAGAAAACUCUUCCUAUUUGUAUUUAA